GGAGUGUGUAUGAUAAGCCGAGGAACACCCCCUCACCGCGGCCACCACUUGUUUGUACCCUACACGUUCCACCUCUCCCUUCCUUCGUUCCUCCCUCGUUCUUCUGACUGCCCUCCUGGCCUCCGUCUCGACGGCCCUCUGUAGCUGUAUUUUAAUCUCACAGCAGUGAACCACCGUCACUCAGGAUGGACUCCAGACCCCCCAACCGGCUGCUGCUUCUCCUCUACUGCCUCCUUCACUUCUGGCAGUGUGCCAGAGGACAGUCAUCAUAUACUAUAGAUGGCGCCACCCUCUUUGUCCAACCCAGCAGCACAGUUGAGAGCGGGACGCCCGUGACCCUGCGCUGCCAGGUCAGAGUCAGCCAUGACAACAUCCCUGACCUGAAACACACUUUCCAGCUCACACAGGAUGGUGUCACCGUCCUCUCCAUUACCACCACAGAAGACUCAGUUGUGUAUGAGCUCAACCCGGCCAGAGCAGCAGACUCUGGAAGUUAUGAGUGUCGGGUCACCGUGAAGGACAAGCACAAAGCCACCCUGAGCCAAAAACUUGAUGUCACAGGCCUGCAGACCCCCAUUCUGUAUUUAAAUAAGACCGAACCGUAUCAGGGUGAAGAGUUCAUUGCCACCUGCAGUGCUCAGGAGGAGAAAGGAUCCCUCAUCUUCCGGUUUUACCAGAGAUUUAGAAACGGAGACAUUAAGAAGAUAAAGCAGCCGCCACCCAGUGGGAAUUCAUCAGACGCCACACUGGUCCUGAGGGAGACUGGAGACAGCUUCCUGUUCUGUGACUAUGAGGUCAAUAUGCUUUCUGGAGCCAGACGCUCCAACAGCAGCAAUGAGAUUCAAGUGAUAGUCAAAGGACUCUUCAUUUCCCCGAUCAUGAAUGUGCUGCCCUCCCACGAAGUCUUUGAGGGUGAGAUCAUAGAGGUGGUCUGUAAAGUGGUGAGUCCGCUGAAGAACAUUGAGGUAUUCUUGACGAAGGACAGGAGGAUCCUCAAUCAAGCACAAGUCAGCCUCGUUCAUCGUUUUACUGUAAAAGAGGGCGAUUCUGGGAUGCUCGUGUGCAAGGCGGAGUGGGGCAACGUGCAGAGAGAAACCAAUAAAACCAUCACAGUCAAAGAGCUAUUUUCAAAGCCACGACUGACUGUAAAGCCCACAGACAUAUUUGAGGGAGACAGCUUCAAACUCACCUGCUCCAUCACCAUUCAUGUUCCUGAGAAGAUCACCAAUGAAAGCGUGCAGUUCUCCAUCUACAGAGACAAAGUCAAACUCACCAGUUCAGAGACUUACAUCACUGUGGCAAAUCCUCUGAAAAAUGGCAACUAUACCUGUAAAGCCCAGGCUGCUACUCUUUUGCACAGCUUUGUAAAAGAAAGCCAAACUAUUGUCAUUAAAGCAAAAGUUCCUGUUUCAAAACCCACGCUGAGUGUGGUGGGGGGCACGCUGGUGUUGGGGAAGCGCUUCCAGCUGCUCUGUCAGAGCAACAGUGGCACUCUGCCCAUCGAAUAUACCCUGCACGGCCCUAAUGGGCUGAGGGAGCGUAGGGUGGUGAGCAAGCUGGGAGAGCAGGCCAUCUUUAACUGUUCAGCCAUCAGAAAGACUUCAGACUUAAAUAGCUUUCUGUGCCACGCGAAAAACAGUCAAAACAGGCCUCCCAUGUUGGGAUCAGGGCAGCAGCUGCAACUCUCAACCAUCAUAGAGCCUGUGUCACUACCAAAGUUGACUAUGCUCCCUUACACUGGGGACGUCUCCGAGGGGCAGGACGUGACUCUCGUCUGCUCUGUUGAGAAAGGCUCUUUUCCCAUCAACUUCACCUGGUACCACACCAAGAGCCAGGGUGCUCUCGCCUUCCAGACCUCCAUGAAAAAGGAAGCAUCCUACAGCAUCAAAGAAGUCAGAAGAGAGCAUCAAGGGGAGUACUACUGUGUGGGCACAAACGCAGCCGACGAAGCCAAACAAAGCCACCCUGUCAUGCUCGGAGUGAAGAUGGCUGGCUGGAAGAAAGGCCUCAUCGCUGUAAUCAUCUUCUGCGUCCUACUCCUUCUGGCAUUGAUCCUUAUCAUGGCCUUUAAAAAACGGCUCCUUCUGUUUAAGCGGAAGAGAACUAACGAGCUGUCAGUGAAGUCGGCCGGCACUAAAGUGGAGCGGCUGAGCCUCACCCAGGCAGAGGUCAAUGAGGCUGCCAAUGUGACUCCAGGCAUGAUGGGAAAGAGUGUUUGGAGUGAGCACACUUCAGGCUCUGAGUCUGAUGACCAGAAUAGUGUGACCGCUCCAGAAAAGCUGCCAGAAUACACAGAGGUGCAGUUCAGACAGGCAGACCCUGACAGAGCUCCGGUGAAACAGGGCACAGACACGGUUUACAGCGAAGUGCGGAGCUCCAAGCAAGGUGUUCCCGAGCAGCUCAACGGUCAGGGUACAGUGGAGUACGCACAGCUGAAUCAUGACACAGAUCAACACAGCGACCACCGUAACCAUGGUGACCACAUGGUCCAUGAUGACCACUUAGAUGAGAUUGACGAUAGUGCUCACAUCGACACCGCUGACCAGGGGGAGUGAAAACGACCGAACACCAGACUGUUGACUGACCGACAAGAAUAUUUAUUCCCUUAUUUAUCCGGCUUGUUAAUGCAGCUGGAGUCGUCUGCUCUGAAAGACCUUAAACAACUCGAAGCAUUUACGUACUUUUUGUAUUUUUGUAACGCUUUGCAAUGAACAUCCCACACUGUCAGUUCACUCGCUUUGCCUUUGAAGGGCAAAUAAAAUGUUUUUGUAAGUUGAA